AUGAGCGACACUAUUGUGCACCCCCCAUCAGCUAAAGCACUAACGAUAGGGGAGGCAAAUGAGACUAUGUUACCAUUUUGUUUUCUCUUUUGUUUGUUUAUAAGAAUUCAAUAG